UCUGACAUCAUUCCGUGUCCGAAAGAUCAAGAAAAAUAUUGACGCUUUGUACCAGAGUCCACUCGUGGUUAUCGAUGGCAAUGUUUGUCCAGAUUCGAUGGAAUUUAUAAUUGGAUUUUGUAACGAGGAAAACAUACCAGUAUACUUUGAAACAACUGACGUUGCUGUGGCUUCCAAACCAUUUUCUUCGGAUAUGUGGAAAGGAUUUUCAUUYAUAUCUCCAAACUUCAAGGAGUUACAAGAAAUUUCAACAAAACUUACAGCUGAAGUGAGUGCAAAUUACGCUAUUAAAGUUUCCAUUAACGGCGGCAACGGCGAAUUCGACACACAAGAUCGCAUAAUGAAUAGUUCAAAAGACAUCGUUUGUAAGCUAAUAUCGCACAUUCCCGUCAUUAUGGUAACCCUUGGCGACAAAGGGCUGUUGUUGGCUUCGAGACAAGUCGAUGACACGGUUKCGUUGGUACACUAUCCAUCGCAAAAAAUAGAGACGCCCAUCAGUGUUUCUGGAGCCGGGGAUUGUCUGUGCGCAGGAUACAUAUCCGGAGUCUUACAAGGAAAAUCACAAKAUGAAUGUGUCGCUAUAGGUUUGAGAGCAGCUACAUCAGCACUUUUGUCUCAUAGGCCAGUUCCAUUAGAGCUGAAUGUCAACCAAUGAAUGGAAUAUAAAAUAUUUACUUUUACUAUACACAACAAAUGUAUAAAAUUUAUAAGAAUGCUAUUU